AUGUCCAACGCCAUAAGGUCCUUCCUUACGUCCGAUUACUUGCCGCAAGAAAUUCUCGAUAUCAUCUGCUCGCACCUUGCGCAAGACAACGUCGAUUCACUGCAUAGUCUGCGUCUCACGUGUAAGGACAUUGCACAAAUUCCAGAUAAAUAUGUCUUCAGGACCAUCUGUCUUGAUGCAAGGGUAGACAAGAUAAUUUCCCUCCAGUUGCUCAGCAAUGAUGCACGUCUGUGUCCGUACGUCAAGCGCCUCUCGAUCGAUGCGAGCUUCAUAUUCAGCACCCUCAGCGAGGAGGCUUGGACGGCCAUGAUCGGCUCAUAUGGGCCAGAGGCUACGGAACGCGCUGCAAGUGGCGACAACGAGGCUGGCGACACUGAUGACGAGAAUAAUGAUAAGAUCUGCUACGAAUAUCAAGACAUCUGCAAAGUCUCAGAUAAGCCUAGGUAUCGUCGACAGCUUUCAGAUUUGCGAAACAACAUGAACCGAGCAGAAAGGCAGACCGCAUAUAAGCAAUACCGGUUGUCAUGGAUCAAUCAAACCAUGGUCGCACUUAUGAGUGACGCGGAACUCGCGUUCAAUCUAUUUGAUGCCAUAGCCAAAUUUCGCAAUCUAGAGGAGGUGCAAUGUUGCGCCGGUGCUUGUUCUAAAUAUUCACUGAGCAAGCCAUUCUACGAGCUUCGGACUAUACGCGAGACACUCGCUACUCCAGGCUUCGAAGCGGAAGCGCUCAAUAAUCGGGGGCCGUGGCAUUCGGCCAGAUAUGCUGCUGCGGCCAUACACGCCACAAUGGUCGCUGCUAGCAGUGGAUCAAUAAGGCCAGCUAGGUUAGCAUUAAGGACGGUGCCCUGGAUGACGCUGGAGUAUUUAGACGACUAUGCAGUGGACGCCACGACCUCCAGCCUGCUCAACUCAACGACUCACUGUGAGAUCCCUGCACUUCAGCACCUGGAGAUGAUCUUCGACUCGACCGAUGUGUUCGGACCGGAACCACGACUGGACAACUGCUUGUUUUCGCUCCUCCGACGCGUGCCAAAUGUCCAGUCACUCGAGAUCGACCUUGACAGAUGCGGCGAGUCCGUCAGUCGAUACUAUACCAAUAGUCUUGAAAGACUGCAGCUUCCACGACAACUAAAGAUCAACCAUCAGGCAUUGAGGAGCUUACGAAGCCUGACUUUGAGUCGCACACUACUGAACCCAGCCGUCUUCGAAGGCAUACUAUACCGGCUCUCUACGACGCUACACAAGGUUUCCAUGAGCGCCAUGUCAAUCAAUGCAGCUCACUGGGUCGAUGUAUUUUCAAUGAUGCACGACGUACUCGAUAUCCGGAAGACUUCAGUCACCUUUCAAGGUUCGUUCCGGGAGAACUGGUUUCCACAUGAAGGCACCGACAUGACAUGGGACUUCAGAGACUCUCUGUGCACCUGCGAGGAGAAGAACAAAUGCCUCUUGCUGCAGUUCAGUUCCUGGUUUGGACCACAGGGUCUCGAGCAAUCAGCGCCCUUGACCCCCACUGCACAGGGCGGGAGCUGGGUAGAGUGGCUUCACUCUGGGGACCGUUGCAUGUCUUAUUCAAUGCGUCUUUAA